GCGACAAUUUAUUGAAAAAAAACUUAGAGAACUCUAAAGCGCAUGCUACGUACAUAAGUAGCCGCAUCCAAAAUGAAAUUAUGGAAUGUCAAAUUCUUGCUCAACCAAUCGAGCAUUCAUUAAAACCAAUAAACUUAUACUCAAAACUAUGUGUGGGCAUUGGUACUGAUACAUGUAACCUAAUGUUAGGUGAACAAAAGGGCGCUGAAAUGGAAUUGCAAAAAUGUUUGCCAAAUGCUCUAAAAACCCCAUGCGCAAAUCAUGCGUUGAAUCUUUCGAUUUCAAAAAGUAGCAGUGCCUAAGCAGUAAGAAAUACUGUAGGUAUAAGAAGUAAUUGCGUCAUUCAAAGAA